AUGUCUCCGAAACGGUCAAACACUGGGCUAGUCUCGAAUUUCUUCAGCGCCGUCCGCCCAUCUACCAAGGAAGGUCGACUAGCCCCGCCAAAUAAUAAAUACUCCAAGGCUUUUUCGUCAUCGUCCCCCUUCUUGGCUACGACAUCUCUCCUUGGUAAAGUAGCCAUCGUCACUGGGUCCUCUCGCUCCAUUGGCGCUUCAGUUGCGAAGUGCCUAGGGGAACACGGAGCCAACGUGGUUGUAAACUACGUGAACGACGCCAAAGCCGCCGACGAAGUCGUACAGGCCAUCAGGUCUCAGGGCAAGGGAGGUGCCAUCGCCGUGAAAGCAAACGCGGCGACGAUGGAAGGGAGCCAAUUCCUACUCGACGAAGCCAUUCGGACAUUUGGACACCUGGAUAUCCUCGUUUUGAAUGCGGGAAUCAUGGGGAGCAGGCCGUUGGCGGAGGUUGAUGAGUCGUUUUAUGAUUCUCAUUUUGAUACCAACGUCAAAGCGCCUUUGUUCAUGGCCAAGGCCGCAGCUCCGCUCCUGUCAUCUCCUGGAGGUCGUAUUAUUUUCUUCUCGUCCAGUCUCACAACCGCAUCUACCAUCCUCCCCAACUCCCUCUGCUACCUCGCCACCAAAGGAGCAAUCGAGCAGAUUUCCCGUGUCCUCGCAAAGGACUUGGGCAGUCGGGGAAUCACAGUUAACACCAUCUCUCCUGGACCUGUUGAUACGCCGCUCUUCCGGGAGGGAAAGCCGCACAACGUGAUUGAAGCCAUUGCGAAACAGAACCCUUCUAGACGGCUUGGAGAGCCUGAUGAUAUCGCGCCGCUAGUUGGUUUUCUAGCCAGUCAAGCGGCUCAAUGGAUUAAUGGACAGAAUAUACGGGUGAAUGGGGCUUUUGUUGUUUGA